UUCGAGUUGUGGUUUCGUUCACAUAGUGUUUGAGUGGAAUCUCAAAAGAAUUUAAGUGUUAUUGUGAAUUGUUUACAAAUGUUGUCUUCUGUUAUAUCAAUGUUUUUUCAACAAAUAUACAAAGUGGAAGAUUCUUAACGGUUAUUUGAAUAAUAAAUAAAUAAAUAAUUUGUUAAAAUGACCAGUGGAAAAGAAAAUAUCGAUUGGGGUGAGGAUUUCGACGAGACGAUUUACAAAAGUUGCUUUGCUCGUUCAGUGGCAGUGAAUUCACAAUAUAAACAAUUGAAAACAUCGGAACAGCUGCAACCAGAGGAAAAAGAUUCUUCCCAGGAGGAGUUUAAAAGAUUAUCUGGUCGACCGUUACUAUUAACUCAACCUAUAGUUGAGGAAAUUAAAGUGAGAAAGAAUUCUGGAGAUGAUAACCGACGGUUGUCCUACAGUAGUGUUAGCAACAGUAGAAGAACUUCCAUUUGUUCAAGUCGAAUUUCAGAAAUUCCUGUCGAAAAUAUCGUCCAACAAUCGAAAGUGAGCACUUUACAAUGGCAAUUAAAAGAAGUGGAGAAGAGUCGAGAAAUGUACAAAGCAGUGAUGAAACAAGUUGUGUCCUUUCUGGAAAAGGCACAUCGAAGUUUAGAACUUUUAGGAAGUAGAUUGAACUCAAAACAGACAGUACCCAGGUCGAAAAGUGAACACCAAAUAGUUGUGGCUCAAAAUGGUUCAGAUACACUCAACUCCAACGACGAUUAUUCAAUGUUCAGAGAUUUCACAUGGAGGCGUCCGAAGAAACCCGAAGUAUCCUCCGAAGAGAUUCCUCCAGAGAAAUUGUCCCAAGAAGCAUUUCGGCUCCUCCGAACCGCUCAAUCCCUUUUGAACACUCAAGAGCCGAAACUUGCGACCGAUCCACCAGACGAUUUAGAAUUUUUAGCCCAGUUGGCAAAAGAAUUUCCCCAAACACCUGACACAAAACCGCAAAGAACAACGUCAUUUUCUCUCAGCCCCAAACUUCUAGUUCCUGAAAGAGAAACCAGAAUUGCGACCGCUUUUAACCGAAAACUGUCUCUCCAACUCAACGAAACAAGACGAACCUCUUUCAAAUAUUCUCCACGAAAUAGUGUAAUAGAAACACCACUUUUGUCCUCAACACUCAACGAGCACAUUAUUUUAAAUAACGAUAAACUGAAAUCGGAAAAAUCUAAUUCACCACCUGCUGGCAGUAUCAGUUCUGUUGAAGAUGAAAGUGGCUUUUCUUCGAUGAAUUCGUUUCAAGAUGUUGGACUACCAGUUGUAGGGGACGAAGUUACAGCAAAAAAUGUUUUAUUAAGGAGUAUGUUGCAUAAUAAUGUGGAGACUUCUGACAAAAAUGGAAAUAUAGAAGACGAUGUGAAAUUGUGGCAGAAACCUGAAAAUGUUUCGCACAAACGAUGGAGUUCAACGCCUGUUAAUAAUACCAAACAGUCACUGAAUGUAUUAUGGGUUUAGUGCUUUAAAUAUUUGCCAUUUAUGUAUUUAUUUGUGUAUGCUGUUAAGUAAAAAUGUGAUAAAUUACAAAAUUUGCUGAAUUAUAUUGACAAUAAUGUCAUUGUUUGCAAUAUGUGCUUUGAAUUUUCAAUUUUUGGCUCUAUUUUUAAUUCCUCUAAUUACUAUUGCAUAAAGUAGAUGAAUUAAACUAUUAUUAUAAAUGUUAUUAGGCUAUAAUUAUAUUAGUUUGUAAAAUUUUCUGUGGUUACUUAAUUUAUUGCAUUUACAAGUAAUUUUGCCAAAAAUGAAUGUUAAAUGCAUUUGCAAUGUUUAUAAUGAAAAUAAUUACAAAUAUUUCUUAAAUUUA